UCGGCAAACAGGGCUUCCAGUGUCAAGUAUGCAGCUUCGUGGUGCACAAGCGAUGUCACGAAUACGUCACCUUUACGUGCCCCGGCGCAGACAAGGGAGCCGACUCCGACGACACACGCACACGUCACAACUUCCGUGCGUGCACGUACUCGUCACCUACGUUCUGCGACCACUGCGGCUCGCUGCUCUACGGCCUUCUACACCAAGGCCUCAAGUGUCAAGCAUGCGACAUGAACGUGCACAAGCGAUGCGAAGAGUCGGUGCCCAACCUCUGCGGCUGCGACCACACGGAGCGCCGCGGCCGCAUCCAGCUCUCCGUCUCUUGUCACGGCAACAAGCUUCAUGUAGAGGUGAAACAGGGUCGCAAUUUGAUCCCCAUGGACCCCAACGGCCUCUCGGACCCCUACUGCAAGCUGAAGCUGAUCCCGGACUCGGACAACGUGAAGAAAAAGACAAAGACCAUCCGCAGCACCCUCAACCCCGUGUGGAACGAGACCCUCACAUUUGACCUCAAGCCCGAGGAUAAAGAUCGUCGUCUACUCAUUGAGAUAUGGGAUUGGGAUCGUACCUCCCGUAACGACUUUAUGGGAUCCUUGUCUUUCGGGAUCUCGGAGGUGAUGAAGUCUCCAGCAGAUGGCUGGUUUAAGCUGCUGACGCAGGAGGAGGGCGAAUUCUACAACGUGCCCGUGCCGGAGGAGGGCGCUGAUCUCGCGCAACUCAAGACCCAGAUGAAGGCGACUAACGUGGCGGCUCGUCGGCCCCCGCCGCCGCCCGACCGCGAGGUGCCGCACAACAUGGCGGCCGCUGACGUCAUCCGCGCCUCCGACUUCAACUUCAUCAUGGUGCUGGGCAAAGGAUCCUUCGGCAAGGUGAUGCUGGCGGAGCGGCGCGGUACCGACGAGCUGUACGCCAUCAAGAUCCUGAAGAAGGACAUCAUCAUCCAGGACGAUGACGUGGAGUGCACCAUGGUGGAGAAGCGGGUGCUGGCCCUCAGCAGCAAGCCGCCCUUCCUCGUGCAGCUGCACUCCUGCUUCCAGACCAUGGACCGGUUGUAUUUCGUGAUGGAGUACGUGAACGGCGGAGACCUCAUGUUCCAAAUACAGCAGUGCGGCAAAUUCAAGGAACCAGUCGCUGUUUUUUACGCGGCGGAAAUCGCUAUCGGUCUAUUCUUCCUUCACUCCCGUGGGAUAGUGUAUCGAGAUCUGAAAUUAGACAACGUAUUGCUGGAUCAGGACGGACACAUUAAGAUCGCUGACUUCGGCAUGUGCAAGGAAGGUAUCACCGGUGACAAAACUACCAAGACCUUCUGCGGCACUCCGGAUUAUAUCGCGCCGGAGAUCAUCUUGUACCAGCCGUAUGGGAAGUCGGUUGAUUGGUGGGCGUAUGGUGUGCUGCUGUACGAGAUGCUGGUGGGGCAGCCGCCGUUUGAUGGAGAGGAUGAGGAGGAACUCUUCGCAGCCAUCACGGAUAACAGCGUCUCCUACCCGAAGACUUUAAGUAAGGAAGCAAAGGAUGCGUGCAAGUCGUUCCUGACGAAGAACCCUCAGAAGCGUUUGGGGUGCGCCGUGCGCGGGGAGGAGGAUGUUCGCACUCACGCCUUCUUCCGCCGCAUUGACUGGGCGCGGGUGGAGGCGCGCGACGUGCAGCCGCCAUUCAAACCUAAGAUCAAACACCGCAAGGACGUGUCCAACUUCGAUAAGCAGUUCACUCAGGAGAAGACGGAGCUGACGCCGACAGACAAGCUGUUUAUGAUGAACCUCGACCAGACCGAGUUCAUGGGCUUCUCUUUCCUCAACCCUGAGUACGUGCAGCACGUCUGAACGCACACGAAUGGAAAUUCUUUUCACUCUUGUCUGCGGGCGCGUGUUCGACUGCGACGCGGGCCGCUCUUCAUCUGUCGACUGUCUCUUUCACUCACACGGCAGCACCUAUAUGCUGUUUCACUCAUUUCCUAUCUAGGUUAAUUAGAGACUGUUAUUUCGAUCUUUGAACUUGGAGAGUUUUCUAUGAAGAUAAGGCGUUUCAAGGAAAGUUUUAAGGAUGCUCGUUUCUUCCAUUUUUGUCGUUUUUUAAUUAUUUAUUUGUCAUCCAUUCAAUACGACAUAACUUUGUUUUAAGCGUUUCCGGGCAAUAAUAUCGUGUACGUGUCAACGAAUUUCUGAAGCAAUAUUAAAGUAACUUGCUUUGUAUUAAAUGCUCUCUUAAUGUAAUGUGUGUUGGAAUAUAUCAUAUUUAUUUUUAAUUUCAUUUUUAUGGCUGCAUAUUGCCAUU